AUGCGUGAUGCACGUGAAGCUAUAAGUGGAGACGUCCUGAGGAAGAAUCGGAGUAAAAGCAUGCCUAUUCCUCGGGGGAUUCGCGCCUUCCUGACUCCAGUUUUAAUUCCGUGUCUAUUCUGGUCUGGGGUGUCUUCAAAGUUCAACGUUUAUCAUGCCGUAUACCAAGGACAACGAUACGGAAACUUGUCUCUGGAGUUGAAGGUGGAGAACUUCGAGGAAUGUCACUUGAAAUGCGUGAUGAUAAAAGCGUCCCAGGCUUGCUACGCUUUCAACCACAAUGAGAAGGAUGGAUCCUGCCAGCUGAUUCACAACGGAAAGAGCCAUCUCGUUCCCUCAACUGAGUAUCAGGCUUACGUUCAAUUUCUCUGCUUGACGGACUACCCGAGGAUCGAGAAUGCAGAAGAAUCCUUCGAUGGUUGGACGGGUAAGCAUCCAGCCCCACGUGGUGGAAUGGUGAACUUCUCUUGCAAGCACCCGCGGGGGUUCAGGGAUGGGCAGAAGGACCACCAGGCUACCUGUUCGUCCUUCGUAGCUGAUGCCUGGUGCGCGACAUUCAUCGAGAAUGAAAAGGAUCUCUGUCCUCCUCCACAAUCCUGCGUGGCUGAAUACCCCAGCAUAGAGAACGCCACCGUGACAUACGACAGAUGGGACGGAAAAUACCCAGCACCACCUGGUUCCAGCGUCAUCUAUACCUGCCCUCAUUCCUCAAGGUUCAAUGACGGGUCGGACGUCCACAAUGCCACCUGUUCCUUUCGGAUCGAUGACACCUGGAACAGUUCCUUUCAAGACAGGCAUGUUCGAUGCCAAGAUGCCAACGUGACUGAUGCACACUACCAUAUCGAUACAGGGGAAGUUGUGGAAUGCCGAAUGACGACAAUGGGGAUGGAGUACAGAGGGACCCGCAACCAAUCACAAACUGGAAAGGAAUGCAGGCUUUGGGCAGAAAACUACUUUACAGCCGAUAUCACGACUAUCCGGGACGAUAAGAACAUUUUUUCCUCCCCCAACGAGCAGUACCUGCAAGUAAUCAUUAAAAGUCUGGACCUAAACUAUUGCCGGAAUCCAACGAUGUUAGCGAGGCCAUGGUGUUUCGUUUUGGGUGGGACCCUUGAUUGGGAAUACUGCGACAUUCCCUUCUGCUCCGGCCGCGAAGGUCUGCGAUCCUUUGAUCUGUGA